AUGUCUCGAAGCUCCGCGACCAGUGGUCAACAGACGUUAAUUCGGUCGUCGCGCAAAAGCGAGUGGCUUCGAAGCGCUCUAGCCCAUCAUUAUGACCCGGAUCCAGGUGUGGAGAACGAGAUCGUGGUUCUGGCCACGGGCAUCGACCAAUACCUGCAGGAGGUUUUCCAUCACCUUGCAUUCUACAACGGCGAUGAUCUCAUUUCUGGAGAGGAUUUCAGACUAUUAUGCGCCGUACUGGGGAUUCCCAUCCCUGCAGAGGGCGGAGAGGAGCUGGUUGAUGGAGAGGAGUCGCAGGACAUCUGCUCGCGGCUACCCCGGGAGUUGUGCUUCAAAGAGUUUCAUAAGCGCCUCUGCGGCUAUUUCAACACGCGUGCGCGCAACCACGGAACGACAAACGCGCGCCUUCCUGUCACGGAAGAGACCGAGCACAUCGAGCGCGAGAUCCGGCUGCGGUGGCCGAGGGUGCGCAGAAGAAAGUGCGUCAGCUUUGACCUGUCUAAAAACUUAAAAUCUGAAAAGACAGCACGGUGCAGACCAGGGUUGUUGGCACAGCCCGACAAUCUGUACUCAUCUGCACAACUGGAUGAUGACACAGUGGCCGACUCCAGUCCACAGGGGGCAGUGCUGCAGCAGCUGGAGACGGAGAAUGCCAGCCUGCGGGAGCUGGUGGAGGACCUGCGUUCGGCCCUGCAGGGGAGCGAUGCCCGCUGCCUGGCCCUGGAGGUGGCACUGCGUCGCCCGAGAGGCUCGUCCCCUACGAGAGGCACCGUGGAGGGGAGAGUGGAGCCCAGGCUGGCCCAUCUGCCCAGGGGGGAGUACACCGCUCGCGGGGUCAGGGACCUGCUGAGGGAGCUGAGCCUGAUUCGCUCCUCCCGUGACGGACAGCUGCAGGAGGCAAUGAAAUUCAACCAGAGGCUGGAGGCGGAGCUCGGGGCAGCCUAUCGGGAGGGGCGGCAGCUGGACGAGGCCUUGACUCGUCUGCGGGGGGAGAACAGGCAGAUGAAGAGGAAGGCUGAAGAGGCUCGGACGGCCCUGGCCGGGGGCCUGGGUCUGGUCAGAGAGAUCCAGGGACAGGCCUCUAUGGUCCCCUCUCUGCAGGACCGGAUCCGGGGCCUGCAGGAGGAACUUCAGACCCUCAGGAGUAGCUGCACCUGCCGAACAGAACCAGAACCUGAACCAGAAACCUUAGCGAACCCCUGUUCUAUGACAGUUGAAUCCAGACCAGUGUCCUACAUCCAAGACGAGGGACUCCAGAGGGCAGUGGAGGGCCGGGCAGCGUCCGAUGAGGAAGAGGAAGACAGAGAGAGGAAGAGUGAUGGACAGUGCUGUCUGGUGGAAAUGAAGAAGCUUAUCAACAGACUGCCAAACUGUGGCAAAGGCUGCCAGAAAACGGCUGGUCACCUGCUGAUCUCCCAGGCCUGUCUGAAGGACAUCAGCCCCGGGGGCAGCGGCCUGUCGGGGGAGCUCAUUGGACGGUGCCACAGGAGACCCAGCCGACUGGAUGGGAAGGAGAACGGGCCGGAGAAGACGCUCUCCUCGUUGGGGAAAGACCUGCAGCUGAAGCAGGAGGAGGUGGAGAUGCUCAGGAUGGAGGUGCAGAUGGUGGAGACGGAGAGAGUCCGUCUGUCUAUCCUGGAGGAGAAGCUGACAGACACACUGACACUGCUGCUACAGCUUCGCACAAAGAAUAUCUCCCGCAGAGCACUGGGGAAGCUUAUUAUGGACACACUGGAUGUCUCCUGCAGAAACGGUCACGGUCCCUCUGACGGACUGCAGGUGCUGGAUGCUCUGAGCCUGCAGCUGCUGUCCUCUGAGCUCCUGAGGGAGGAGGGCGGGUCACGGACCAGCGCUUACCCAAACUCCUCCAACCCCCUGCUCAUAUCCUGCUGAGGGCUUACCCAAACUCCUCAACCCCCUGCUCAUAACCUGCUGAGCGCUUACCCAAACUCCUCCAACCCCCUGCUCAUAUCCUGCUGAGCGCUUAC